AUGGAUCCGAAACUUCGUAACACUCUUAAAUGGAUAACACAGAUUCAACUGCUCGUUUUGCUAUUCGGCAUCUUGAUAAAGAUCACGGAUAGGUAUUUGCUGAACAGUAUAUGCUUCUGGGUGCUCCGAUAUCCCGAUACAAGUGGGAACAACAUUCUCUGGUGGCAACGGUUUUCUACCACAGAGAGACUCGGCUGGCGAUUCAUUGAUUAUGUUGAAUCAAAGUGA